AACGUCACACCCGGAAGUACAAGCGUCGGCGUUUGUUUUGAUUCAUUAGUAGAGUUUGGGUGUCGUGGCGAUGGCGUUAUCAAAUAUUAGUAAAUAUUAUUAACAUUAGGUAGUAUUUGAACUGCGGAUACACGCGGAUAAAUAAAUCACCACAACUGCAGUUAUGUUUGGUUUUUCUUGUAGGUCAAUGCUCUUUUGCACGUCAACGAUAGCUAAACGUAGGUAGCCUCGCGCUAACUGUAAAAUGACAGCGGCGGUAUGGUUAAUAUUUUUUUUCUAAUUUGUUACAUAUUAUGUUAGUUACAUAUUAAAAGUCGUACAUUAGUGACACAAGCGCCCGGUGCAAUGGCAGUGGCGUUGUUAGGGGCGAGAGCGGUUCUUCUCAACCUGAGGACCAGCCUCCAUAGAGCAAGCCUUUUUGGUCGAACCAGAUUCGUCCAGACGUCCAGGUCAUUUCGAGUUAAGAGGAUGCACGCUCUGACCAACAUCCCCAAGGUUGCAUUGCUGUGUUGGGGCACAGUCAGUGCAUCCUCAGCCCAAUGCCAACAAGCCUCUCUGCCAGCCCAAAUCACCACCAAGAAGUCUCUUGCCAAGUUUCAAGUGGACAAACUGGUCUUUCUCCUCCGCCUGGGCCUGCGUGCGAUUGUGCUGUUCCUGAAAUUCUCUCCCAUCUUGCUCCUCUCCCCUUUGGUUCUGGUCUCCGCUCGCUGGGCUUCGUGCUGGUUGGACGCCCUGCUGUGGGUAACCGAAAGCUCCGGCCCGGCCUUCAUUAAACUUGGACAGUGGGCCAGCACCAGGCGGGACAUCUUCCCUCAGGAGUUCUGCGACCGCUUCUCCAGACUCCACGUCAAGGUGCAUCCUCAUUCCUGGGCCCACACCAAGCAAUGUCUCAAGAGGGCUUUCGGGGAGGACUGGAAGAACGUGCUGGUGUUUGAGAGCAAGAAGCCGGUGGGCUCGGGCUGCGUAGCGCAGGUUUACCGCGGCUGGGCCAACAAGGACCAGGUGGAGGACCCGGACUUCCAGAUGCUGGUGGACGAGCUGGACAGGGAGGAUCUUCUGGAAGCGUGGGAGAUUCCCGGUUUGAGUGGCGUGCCGAGCUCUCUGUGGAAACUCUGGAAGGGCGGAAGCGAGGAAGAUGAAGAGGUGCUGCAUGAGCACAACGCCUCACAGAAGGAUCACUUGAUACCCGUGGCCAUCAAGGUGCUCCAUCCCGGCCUGAGACGGCAGGUGGAGAUGGACCUGAUGCUGAUGAAGGCCGCUAGCUGCUUUCUGCACUGCCUGCCCGGACUCAAGUGGCUCAGCCUGCGCGAGAUAGUCGACGAGUUUGAGAAGCUCAUGACCAAGCAGAUUGACCUCCGCUUCGAGGCCAAGAACAUUGAACGUUUUCGUGAAAAUUUCCGCAACGUGGAUUAUGUGAAGUUCCCCACUCCGUUGAGGCCUUUUGUCACCAGAGCGAUUCUGGUGGAAACGUUUGAAGAGAGCGAGCCCAUCUCGGAGUACCUGAGCGCCGAGACUCCUCAGGAGGUGAAGCAAAGGAUUGCCAGGAUGGGAGUUGACACUCUGCUAAAAAUGGUUUUUGUGGAUAACUUUGUCCAUGCCGACCUGCAUCCGGGCAACAUCCUGGUGCAGCGUUGCGGACCAGCCGCCGGCUCCUUAGACGUCCCCGGAGGAGACGGCGGGAAGACCACCCUGACCGACCUGUGGGACACGGUGGUGGUGAGCGUCCGACCCGAGCCGUGUCCCUUCCAGCUGGUGCUGCUGGACGCCGGAAUCGUGGCCCAGCUCAGCAGCCGCGAUCUGGACAACUUCAAGGCCGUCUUCACCGCCGUUGUGCGGCGCCAGGGUGAGCGAGUAGCAGAGCUGAUCCUCCAUCACGCUCGCGCUAACGAGUGCAAAGACGUGCCGCGCUUCAAAAAGGAGAUGGCGGAAUUGGUGGACGUAGCCCUCAGCAGAACCCUCUCCCUGGGAAAGAUCCAAGUGGCCGACCUGCUCUCCAGAGUCUUCGGCCUGCUCAUCAAACACAAGGUGAAGUUGGAGAGUAACUUUGCAUCCAUCGUGUUUGCCAUCAUGGUGCUCGAGGGACUCGGUCGCUCCUUGGACCCCAAUUUGGACAUCUUGGAGUUGGCCAAACCGCUGCUGCUCAAAAACUGUGCCUCCCUUGUAUAAACACGAACCUAUUCAAUCAUGCUUACAUACCUCAUUGAAGUUUUUAACGUUUUCGAGUUUUUGGUGGGGCGGGGGUCAAGCUGUUUACAUCACUAUGUACUGUAACAUAUCCAUGAACAUAAGUUGCAUUUGGGUGGACGUAAUAAAGGCUAUCAACGGUCUGCACGCCGUUUUGGUUUCAAUAGACGACACGCGAUGGAGGUGACGAAAGCCAUUCGUUUAGCGUUUUAUUAAAUCCGUCAAUGAAAAACACAGACAACAGACGUCAUCGGGAAGAACAGUCAGCAUGGCUGAGGAAGUGGAUGAAAUGAGGAGGUUUUUGGGACAAUAAAAAUAAAAUUACAUACCUUUAUUGCAAAAACUUAA